CUUACAUCAAAAUAUCUGAAGAAACUCUUCAACAAUGGGACGAAAUUUUUUUAAUGCCAACAAUUGCAUAUAGUUUGUCUAUAAAUAAAGUUGUUGAGAAAGACAGAAGAGAGAGAUAUUGAUGAAAAUGGUGGAGGAAGAUGUGGUGAUAGUUGGUGCAGGGAUAGCAGGAUUGGCCACAGGGGUGGCUCUGCAAAGACUUGGAAUUCGAGCAUUAAUAUUAGAAAGAUCUCCAGAACUCCGAGCCGCUGGUGCUGCCUUAACCCUUUUCCCAAACGCUUGGCUUGCUCUUGAUGCUCUUGGUGUUGCUCAUAAGCUCUCUCCCCUUUAUUUUCCUUUAAAGACGGGAGUUGUCACCGAUGUCGGAACUGGAGCUACUCAGGCAAUCUCCUAUGCUGGAACUACAGAGAGCGGGCUUGGAGCUGGACCCAGAUCAGUUCAUCGGAAAACCUUAUUAGAGGCCUUGGCAGAAGAGUUGCCGGUUGGUGCAAUCCGUUUCUCUUCCCAUAUUGAUGCCAUUGAGACACAAUCACAGGAAGAUUCUUCCAUUGCUGUCAUACAUUUGAGGGAUGGUACUAUAAUCAAAUCCAAGAUUCUGAUAGGAUGUGAUGGUGUACAUUCGAUUGUGGCACGCUGGCUAGGACNUUACCAGCCUCAUCACCUCACGGUGAAAAACUUAUGUGAUACAAUUUCAUCCAACUCAUUUUGA